AUGCGUAUCGAUGCUCUUUGCCAAUUGGUGCAAUGUUCUCCGUAUUUGUGUUCCCUAAAUAUUACCGAUGUUCCAUUCGGAACUGUGAAUCAUGCACGUUUUAGAUCGUUUUCGCAACUGAAAUCGUUAACAUUUACUGACUUAUCGGUGGAUAUCAAGGACUUGGAAUCAUUCCUUGCACUCACUCCAGCUCUCGUGUAUCUGAAACUAAUCGGCGGAAGACGUAUGCUAAAUGGAAAGCGAUGGGAAGAAUUUAUUCAAAUCAAUCUACCACAUUUAGAAAAGUUUCAAUUCUAUUUUCGCGAAGCAAGAUCGAGAGAAUCUAUAUCACAAGAUUUGAAAAAUACACUUAACCUAUUCAAAUCGCCUUUCUGGGCAGAAUACAAAAAAUGGUUCGUUGCUUGCCAGUGCCUGUGUCAAUAUGAGACAUAUAUUUCUAUUUGUGUCUAUUCGAUUCCAAUUUGUAUAUCUCAUAUGGAUGACUGUAAAUCAACACUUGCAACAAAACCACUAAUUACUUCAAGUCGUGAUAUGCUCACAAUGCAUAGUAUCCGAUCAAUGGCUUUGACUGUAGAUAGAACAACAAUGCGCAAUUUACAAAAACAAAGCUUAUUGAUCGAUCGUCCAUUAUUUCGUAAUGUUACUGAUAUUGAGUUGGAGUUCUCUGACGAUGAGUCUAAUGUUUCGCUAAAUUCACUUUCGGAGUUCAUCGAUCUUUCUCGAUUGAUGCACGUGAAAAUUUCGAAUAGCUAUUCGCAUAAAAUAACUAACCAUUUACUAGCAGAUAUUAAACGUUUCCUUACAGAUCUACCAAAUCUUACUUCGCUGUUGAUUCACAGCGAUUUCUACUUAAACAAACCAUUUCUUACGAUAGAAGAGGUUCUCGCAAUUAUUCCAUCUCACGUCAAAUAUUUACAAAUCCCAAUCGAUCAAAUUGGCCAAAUUGAUAUGGUUUGGCAAACAUGUCAAAACCUGUCAAUCAUCGAAUUGCGGGUCAAUAAGGACACAUUGCUAUCCGCAAUCGUCAAAUGGUUUGACAAGAAUAGCGUUAAUACAGCAUGUAUAUAUGAUCGUAAAGCCGUGGUCGUAUGGUUGGGAAAGCGGAUUUCCCCAUCGAGUGAAUCAGAUCACAGCAGGAAACGAAUAAAAGUGCUCAGCAAUUCAAAGAAAAUCUAG